AUGGUGAAGAGAGCCGUACUGAUUGGGAUCAACUACCCUGGAACCGAGGGAGAGUUAUUUGGCUGCGUCAAUGACGUCAAGCGUAUGCACAAAUGCCUUGUUGACCGGUUUGGAUUCUCAGAGGAAAACAUCACCGAGCUGAUUGAUACCGACAAGUCCAAGAUCCAACCCACUGGCAAGAACAUACGACAAGCUUUGUCAGAGCUGGUCGGAGCAGCCAACUCCGGAGAUGUUCUCUUCGUUCAUUACAGUGGACACGGUGUGAGGUUGCCUCCAGAGACUGGUGAAGACGACAAUACUGGUUUCGAUGAGUGUAUUGUUCCCUGCGAUAUGAACAACAUCACUGAUGAUGAAAUCAGAGAGAUCGUUGAUAAAGUGCCUGAAGACUGCUCCAUUACAAUAGUCUCGGACUCAUGUCAUAGUGGUGGUCUCAUUGACGCAACCAAGGAGCAGAUCGGAGAGAGCACCAAGAAGGCAGUAAAGACUAAGGAGACUGGACAAGAACAUGGGAGGAACGGAGUCCAUGUGGUAAACCGAUCACUGUCUCUGCAGAGCAUGAUCAAUAUGCUAAAGCAAGAAACAGGGAAGGAUGAUAUAGAAGCAAGGAAUAUCAGAAGGUCUCUUGUCAAUGCGUUUGGAGAAGAUGCAUCUCCCAAAGUGAAGGAGACCAUGAAUCUGCAGGAAACUGAAGGCCUGAAGAAACAAGUAGUGAGAAAGAAAGACAAGGGUAUUUUGCUAAGUGGAUGUCAGACUGAUCAAACAUCAGGAGAUGUACGCACAAAGGGACAAGCUUAUGGAGCAUUCAGCGAUGCAAUACAGAUCAUACUUGAUGAAACAAAAGGUAAGAAGAUCACCAACAAAGAACUGGUUUUAGGUGUGAGAGAGCUUCUUGAGUAUGAAUGUUAUCCUCAACAGCCGGGGCUGUAUUGUAGCGAUAGUAAUGCAGAUGCUCCAUUCAUAUGCUGAAAGUGAAAUUUUCAGAUUUAGUUUCUUUGAAAUAAUAUUCAUCUUUAGUUUCUUUGAAAUGAAUUUUCAUAUUUAGUUUCUUUAAGGUUGUGUGUUGUGUCUUCAUUUUCAAUAAAUAAAUACAUUUUAGUUUAGUUCAUUUUAACAGUCUAUUUCACACACACAAACACAUGGACUAAAAUCUUG